AUGGGUGUGCCCCUAGUUAUUCUCUCAAUCUUCCUUAGUAUUGUAGCUGCAGCAAUUGAGUCUCCUAAUGGGAGUCUCCAGCUCUGGGAGAAGUGUUCGUCCAAUGAAGAAUGUGCAGCAGGACUAUUUUGUAGCUCUUGCCUUCUUGAAUUUCAAGGGUCAAGAUGUGUGAGAUCAUCAACCACAAACCCAUUCAAGCUUUUGAAUGGUUCUUUGCCGUUCAACAAAUAUGCAUAUCUGACUACUCAUAAUUCUUUUGCAAUGAGAAAUGGACCAACCCCUGAUGGGGCUCCUCUUGUUACCUUCACAAAUCAAGAAGACAGUAUCUCUCAGCAAUUACAGAAUGGUGUUCGAGCACUUAUGCUGGAUACCUAUGACUACAAAGGAGAAGUAUGGUUGUGUCAUUCAUUUAAAGGGAAGUGUCAUGAGUACACUGCAUUUGAACCUGCCAUAAAUGCUUUCAAGGAUGUGGAAACUUUCCUAUCAGCAAAUCCAUCAGAAAUUGUGACACUAAUAUUAGAAGACUAUGUUGAAGCACCAAAUGGAUUGAGCAGGGUAUUCAAAGCUUCUGGAUUAAUGAAAUACUGGUUUCCUGUCUCAAGCAUGCCUCAAGAUGGCCAAGAUUGGCCCUUGGUGAAAGACAUGGUUGCUAAAAACUACAGGCUAAUUGUCUUUGGCUCAAAGAAGCACAAGGAACAAGAAAGCGAAAGAAUAGCAUACCAGUGGAACUACAUGGUCGAAAAUCAGUAUGGGAAAGAUGGAAUGGAUGAGGGAAAUUGCCCCAAACGUGCAGAGUCAUCUGCACUCAGUGACAGAAGCAAAUCAUUGGUUUUAGUAAACCAUUUUAGAACAAUUCCAAUCAAGCAAGCCACAUGUAAAGAUAAUUCAGAAGAUCUCAUAAACAUGCUUUCUACUUGUUAUGGUGAAGCUGGUAAUCGCUGGGCUAAUUUUGUUGCUGUUGAUUAUUACAAGAGAAGCGAUGGAGGAGGGUCAUUUGAAGCUGUAGAUAUGUUAAAUGGGAAAUUGUUGUGUGGAUGUGAGGAUGUGCAUGCCUGUGUGGUUACUGCUGGAUCAUCAUGUACAAGAGAAAGUAAAUAGUGCUAUUACCUGAAAAGGGAGAAUGCUGGAGAUGCCAAGCAGAAAUCACUUAACUUUUUGUUCAACUAAUCCAAAAAUGCUGGACUCUUUACUUGAAAUAUUUUUAGAAGAGACGUGAGUCUAGUCUACCGUCUCCUAUAAUUUUGGCUCACCGUGACUUUCCACCGUAUAUUAAAACAUGCACAAAGUUUUGCUAUGCAAAAAAGAUAUCAGCUUCUUUGAGAAUCUAUUCUUUAAUAAGUAGGAUCACUUGAAACUUACAUAUCCAUAAUAGACAUAUAUGACUCAGAAUUCAUAUGUGAAGUUUUAAUACGGCACACGUCAGCUAUUUUUUGACACAUUA